AUGCUGGAUGAAAGAUUCCACAAAAUCUUGAAUGAUCUUGCAUCACUUAACCACGUUCUUUCUCCCAAAGAAAAGAAUGUAAGGUUGCUGAGAUCUCUUCCAACUGAGUGGUACACCAAAGCCACAGCCAUGGAAGAAGGAAGAAAUCUGGAGAACUACACUGUCCAAGGGACAUGCCCAAGGAACUGUGACACACCCUCCUCCAGUCAGCCGUCAAGUUCAAAAAUGGAGAACUACGAUGAGGAAUUUGCCAUGAUGGUCAAGAAAUUCCGGAAGUUCAAAAAGAAGCCUGGCCACUGGAAGUCAGCGUGCCCGUACCCAAAAGUGGAGAAGUACGGAGAAAGAGAAAGGAACGAGAAGAAAAAGAAGGCAAUGGUUGCUGCUGAAAGUGACGAGUCAUCCAGCUCAAGCUCGGAUGAAGAAGCUCUCGUUUGCAUGGAGCGCAACGUUGAAAAGUCCAACCAUGAGGAUAGGUGGACUAUGUCAGAAGAUGACACUCUCUGCCUAAUGGCCAAAGAUGAUGCUGAUCAAGAGUUCAAAAAGAUGAUGAAAGACUUUGAGGAGAUAAAUCUCAAACAUUCUUCCUUAACAGAGGAGAACAAACUAUUGAGUGAAGAGAAUCUCAAGUUGACUGAAGGUCGGAAAAGUCAACUGAAUGAGAUCACUCAACUCAAGACUGAAAAUGAAUCUCUCUCUGAAAAGGUGAAAUCCCUUAACAAAGAGCUAGGGAUACUCAAGUCCCAAGAAGCAGUGAACAAGCUGCUUGAAACGACCAAACAUAAGGGUCGCAAAGCACUUGGGUUUGACCCCUCUAGUUCUAAAAGGAAAGGGAAGACAACUUUCAUCCCUCCUAAACCUACUGCUAAACCAAAUAAGCAGAAAGGGAAGGAAAAGGAAAAACCAACAGAAGUUCCCAAAAAG